AUGUUUUCUGUCGGUGUCAUUAAUUCUUUUGCUCAGAUAAUCUCAACUUCUCAUCUGACUUCAGCUGGUGCAUGCGAGUAUGGUUCAUUUGGAGCAACACCGAAUGAUGGGGAUGCCUUAGCAUCAUCAAGUCUUUACAGGAAUGGUGUGGGUUGUGGAGCAUGCUAUCAGGUGACAUGUACUGAUGCCAAGUACUGCUCCAACGAUGGUGUCAUGAUCAUAAUCACAGACGCAGGAGUAAGCGGCAAUACCAAGUUCAUUCUCAGUCAGCAUGCCUUUGCAAGGAUGGGCCAGAAUGCUGAUUUAGGUGCAUCCCUUCUAUCUCUUGGUGCGGUCGGCAUUGAGUACCGGAGGUGUGUGUGCUGUUACUGA